AUGUCCUCCGACGACUCCUCAACCAGCUCUUCAUACUACUACAGCUCCGCAAAAACAAGCACAACCGGCAGCGAAACCACCGGCCACCGAUACACAACGACCUCUCAUACCGACCCCUCCGGAAACACAGUUGUCCGCACCGCGCACCAAGACCUCGGCGAACCAGCUACGUAUGAAGAACGGCGCUUCGACCGCACAGGCCAGGAACUCGUCUCCCCAAAGCCCGGUAUGGGAGCAGGCAUCGACCCCAGCGGAGGCGGUGGCACACGACGCAUCAUCCAGGAUAUGACGGAUCAAAACAAGAACUACGAUUUGAUGUCAACGGGUGCUGCGUCGGUGGAUACAAGUACCAAUCAGGAUUUAUAUGCGUUGCAGGAUACAUCCCUCUCGAAUUUCAUGCCACAGGAUUCGAAUGUAGCGGCCACCAACUCGCCGGCGGAUGAUGUGGUGGGGAGUGAGAGGCAUUAUAGGUCGGAUUUUGAUGAGGGCGCUGUUGAUCCGGUGACGGGGAGGACGUAUCAUCCGGAAGAUUAA